AUGGCGACCGAAAAGGACGUCCAUGAUGGUGUCUCGACGCCCGAGACUACCCAAGUCCAACCCGAAAGUCGUACUGAAGGUCAUGCUAUCCAGGACAAGACCGGGAAUGUCAUUGGGGAGGGCCACCUCAGCCAUGGAGGUGCAGUUCGUGACCAGGACUUUUACACUCGCAAUGGACUCAACUUCGAGUCGUUCAAGCGCCGAGACUACGGAGUUGGCAUAGUUGAGCUCGACCGUACCAUGAAGACCCGUCACUUGCACAUGAUUGCCAUUGGUGGUUCGAUUGGUGCCGGUUUCUUCGUCGGCUCUGGAGGCGCUCUGGCUACCGGUGGCCCUGGGUCAAUUCUUCUCGACUUCUCAAUCAUUGGAAUCAUGAUGUUCAAUGUUGUUUACGCUCUUGGUGAACUAGCUGUCAUGUAUCCUGUGUCGGGUGGUUUCUACGUCUACUCAACUCGGUUUAUUGACCCCUCUUGGGGCUUCGCUAUGGGAUGGAAUUACGUCUUCCAGUGGGCUAUUGUUUUACCACUCGAGUUGACGGUAUGUGGUUUGACAAUCAACUAUUGGGACGGCGCCAGGAACAUCAGUCUCGCUGUUUGGAUCACCAUUUUCUGGGCUGCAAUUACCUUCAUCAACAUCUUUGGGACUCUGGGAUACGCUGAGGAAGAAUUCUGGUCGUCCCUUCUGAAGCUAUCGGCUAUCGUUAUCUUCAUGAUUGUGGCACUGAUACUCGUGUGUGGCGGUGGCCCUGCUGGUGGUCGCUAUGACGAGUACUGGGGUGCGCGCUAUUGGUACGACCCUGGCGCGUUCAAGAACGGAUUCAAAGGCUUUUGCGCGGUCUUCGUUACUGCUGCGUUCUCUUUUGCUGGUACCGAGCUCGUCGGCUUGGCCGCUGCCGAAUCCAGCAACCCCUUGAAGUCUUUGCCAGGUGCCAUCAAGCAGGUCUUCUGGCGUAUCACUUUGUUUUAUAUCCUCGGUCUCUUCUUCGUUGGCCUCCUCAUCAGCUCCAACGACGAGAACAUUCUUGGCGCCGAUAACCCUUACGCUGACGGCACAUCGCCAUUCGUCCUGGCGGCCAAGUACGCUGGACUAAACGGCUACGAUCACUUCAUGAACUCAAUCAUCUUGGUGUCGGUCCUUUCACUGGGAGUUUCGUGCGUCUAUGGUGGCUCCCGCACUCUGACGGCUCUUGCGCAACAGGGCUACGCCCCCAAGAUCUUCACCUACGUCGACAAGUCUGGUCGCCCUCUACCCUCUGUUGCUGUCCACCUUGUCUGCGGCGCCCUUGCCUACAUCAACUUGGACGCCAACGGCGAGACGGUCUUCAACUGGCUUCUUGCCAUGUCAGCACUGGCUGCCCUGUUCACUUGGGGAUCCAUCUGCUUGGCUCACAUUCGAUUCCGCAAGGCCUGGGCCUACCAUGGACACACCGUUGACGAGAUCCCUUUUCAGGCUGCUUUUGGUGUUGCCGGAUCCUGGGUCGGCCUGAUUCUCUGCAUCCUUGUUCUCAUUGCUCAGCUCUUUGUCGCAAUCGCACCCGCUGGACAGGGUAGCGAGCUCAAUGAUGCCGCUGGAUUCUUCGAGGCUAUGGUUACUGUACCUGUCAUCAUCGUCUUUUGGAUCAUUGGCUUUGCCUGGAAGCGCACCGGCUGGCUCCGUACCCACCAAAUGGACGUGGAUACCGGACGUCGUGAGCUGGACUGGGAGGAGAUGAAUCGCUACAAGGCCGAGGUUGCUUCCUGGUCUACAUGGAAGCGCUUGUACAACAGGUUCUUUUAG